GAGGCCAAACUGAAGCCCAAUGUCAAAGACGACUUUACCCAUUAGACAACUGACAACAAGUGCUCCAAUUCAUUCCUCUAAUGCCUGCAUCAAACAGGGAGGCAUGCAUUUAAAUGACGCUUUUUGCCACCUUUGUACAGUAUGCUUAGCGUAAAAUAAUAGGGGUGAAGAUGAAGAAGAAGAUGAAGUGAUGCUGCGGGCCUCCAGCCUCUUGCUUCUCCUGGUGUUUUUGGCUUUUUGCUGCUGUAGAAGCACCAAACUGGUCGCCGAGAGACUCCAGGUGCAUCGCGUCAGACUGCACGAUUCCCUGGUGACGCCUUGUGCGGCCAAGGAAGGCGUAACCGUUACACAGGCUCGCUGGAGUGACCAGGAUGUCGGCACGGCGUGGCUCAGCCAGGCGCUGCUGUCAGACAGCACGGGUCGCCUCCGGCUUCCCAAGGUCACGGCCAUGCUGAGCGGUCACUACGAGUGCUCGGGAUACGUGCGGCUGCCACGUCGCGAGGUGUUCAUCAAAGUUCGUCACGAGAUCCAAGUGUUCGAGAGCGACAAGAACGGAACCGGAUGUCGCGUGAGAUAUGUCGUCAGCGACCGGCGCUGCUACGUCUGUCGGCCCGGGUCCUUCAGCCCUGACGGCGAGUUCCGCAACUGCAUCCCCUGCGACUUCGGCUCCUACACCGAGCAGCACGGCUCCCCCUUCUGCCUUUGGUGUCCACCGGGCAAAUCUACCUAUCGGCAGGGAAGCACCUCGCCCAAUGAUUGCGAAGGCUGGCUUCUUCUGGGAUUCGUUUACUAGGCGACACAUUCGUCCCAGCUUUUCCGGUGCUGAAAACACAACCCGCACCCCGCACCUGUCGCCAACCUUCUUGAGGCGGUGGAGACACCUGGUGCCAAAAGGCCACUACGACAGGGCGCUUUUGCGGGCGUGCGUCUUUUUUCAGCCUGCGCCUCACACCAGCCUUUGCCUUGGCCCUCUACCACCGAGGCCGCGAUUUCUCCGUGGAACCCAGCCUUCUCCAGACGCCUUAGCUGAGCGUCGACGCUGUCACGAACUUGAUGUUCGCAUGACUUGUCUAGAGCAGAGCGGAUGCAGUUUUUUGCUAUAGCUCUUUUUACGAGCUUGCAGUGGGCCGAUUGAUAAUUCAGAAUUUGUUUUUUCGACCGUGGCUUGUACUGCCAGCACACGCGCGCUCCAUGAAUAAAACUCAGUUGAAUGAAAUGAAUAAAACUCAGUUGAA